CUUUUUAGUGGAAAACUGGAAAUGUGAGCAGAAGCCGCCUCUCUUUUAGAGAAGAGAAAGGCUACACAACCCAUCUCUCUCCAGACUCAAAAGCCCUAAUUACCCAUAUACAAAAACGGGAAAAAUCCAAGAAGAAAAGCCCUCUUUGCUGCAACCCAGCAAUUUGAUGAUCCCUGGUCGUUUACUAUCUUGUUCAGAGAUACACGCUUCUGCUCCAAUAUAAAGAAGAUAAAAGCUAGACAGAUAAAGAAAGAAGGAAAGAAGAGAAGGGGGGGUACAGUAGCUGUCGUCUUCGUUCCAGAUCAUCAGACCUAGCUUCCUGCUUUAUAGACAUGGGUACUUUCUGAAAGCUCUCUCUCUUCCAGAACCUGAUCAAUCUCCAUCUUCUUCUUCUUCUUCCCCAGACAUCCUUCCUUUAAUGAGUCUGUAACUCAGUUACCAAAUCUCUCUCUCUCUCUCUCUCUCCGCUUGCUUUUUUCCCUUUUUGCCCUUCUCUCUGUCUCUGCCAUGGAUUCAGCUAACAGUGGCAGCAUACAGUCGUCCAGCGGUGGCGACGAGGAGUACGACUCCCGCGCCGAAUCGAUCUCGGCGUUCCUGAUCCCAACCGCCCACGUCGGCGCCAUCCCUAACCCGCCUUCGCAACCGCUGCCGCAUCACCACUCCGCCGUGUUCGACCCCCCGCCGCUCCCCAACUACUUCGACCCUUUGUCGCGAUCGCCGCCGUUACCAAACCCGAAUUCCCUUCUCAACCUCGAACCAGUCUGGUCCAAACCUCUGCGAUCCGACCCGAAUUGCACCGAAAUCGGCGGCGUAAUGGUCUCGUCCUCCCCCGGCCCACCCUUCCCCACAGCCCAGGGACAACAACCUCGAGCCCCAUUCUUGAACUCCUCGCCGUCCAUUGGUUAUCCUCAGGUGCCGGAAAAUGCGGCUCGCGGUCCGGGUUCGGGUCCUCCUCCGGCCGAUCAAACCAACCCGGUUCGUAAUCCAAAGAAACGAUCCAGAGCGUCUCGUCGCGCACCCACCACUGUCCUCACCACCGACACCACCAAUUUCCGUGCCAUGGUUCAGGAGUUCACCGGGAUCCCGGCGCCCCCGUUCACAUCGUCGCCUUUCCCCCGAAGCAGACUCGAUCUAUUCGGUGCACCGUCGAGCAUGAGAUCCGGGCCUUUGGACGGUGCAACGCUAACCCCUUCCUACCUGCUCAGACCCUUCGCCCAGAAACUCCAAACCCAAACGCUCCCAUUCGUUUCUUCUUCAUCAUCUCCAUCUUCACUGGUCGAUGCCAUUGUUUCAACCACGGCCGCUAACAUCACUUCUUCCAAUACGACGCCGCUUGGCUUCCAAAUGCCAUCUGAUUUGGGCAUUCUCAAGCAGCCCCAAAACCUGAGCAAUCUCCUGAACAUGCAGAACCCGAUUUUCACGUUUCAAUCGUUCCUUCAGAACCCGCCCAAAUACCCGUUACCCAAUACGGGUUCAAAAUCUCAACCGUCUUUGGACUUCGGAUCCAACGAUAAUUCCCAACUCAAAAUGGGGAAUGUUCUGGAAGACUUCGGCUUGGGGCACGGGCUGGGCGGGCUGGGCCCGAACUUAGUGUCACCGCCUGAUGGCCCUCCGUCCUCGAGGGGCGGCGACAAUAACACACCGAGCUGGGGCGACGGAACUGGAGCCAAUGUUAAUGGGAGUUACGGAAACUCAUCGCCACGGGCUUCGAACGGGAAAGUAAACUUCGCGGCUGCUUCAUCGGAUUUUCACGGGGAGAAGCCGCCGGAGAACAAUGCUGUUGCCAGAAGUGAAGGUAUGGUGGAAUCGUGGAUUUGUUCUUCGGAUUAGAAUUAAAUAUAGUUAAUUGCCAUGGAUGGAUGGAUCGAUGUCCUUGAAGAUUAUGAUCAGAGCUGAAAUGGGUCGAAAAAAUUAUAUAGAAAAAAGAUCGGAGAAGCAUUGUUUUUAGGUUCUCCACAAUAUAUAUCUACCUUAACCCGUGACUUCCGGUCGAGCUAGGAAAUGAAAACUUCUCUCUCUCUUUCUCUUCCAUUUUAAUCAUCAUGUGUAAAUAACAGUCUUUAGUUUUUGUUUUUUUUUUCCCCCUUCGAUUUACUAUAUGAUAAGUGUUUCUGAUCAUACAUAGCUAGCAUCGACACAGACGAUCGAUAGAUGUUCGGUUGUUUUAAUUUCUUCUUACAUUAAUUAUUCUCAUGGCUUUGUUUGUUUAUUUAUCUGAAAAUCAAAUAGUGAAAUGCCGUUUGCUA